AUGUCCGAGGCCCCCAAUCGAGGUCGACGACCAAUCCCCAAUUCCGCAGCGACCUCAAAUGGCCUGUCUUCGAUACCUCCAGUGCCGACACUGCGCAAGGCUGCUUCGAGCUCCAACCUUGCUGCGGGCGUCAGUACCGCCCAAGCAUCAAAAGUGAUAGCGCUUGCACGAGACGCUAUGCGCAAUGCCUUGGAGAAUGAAAAUCAGGCUGCCGAAGCAGGAACUGUCGACGCGAAUCUCAAGCCCGGAGUUACGGUGGACUUGAGCCGGAGGAGUAUUGACGUUAUACCGGAUGAAGUGGUAGACAUCAUGAAGGAUCAGCUUGAGAGGCUGGCCUUGUCGCACAAUCAACUUACCACUGUUCCGUCACGAUUCUCCGAAUGCACGUCUCUGCGAUAUUUGAACAUCAGGGCAAACAGCAUAUCCGAAUUCCCUAUGUCGCAGAACAACGCUGUCAGGCGUCCCGGGGCAUUGCCUUUGACACUAGGCAACGUCAACGAAAGGGUUCGCAGUAAUUCUGAGACCCAUCUUCGUGAGCGAUCGGAAAGUCGCAACAGGCGGAUGGGGAUCGUGUCAAAGAAACCAGACCUUGGCACACUGGAUGAGACUCAGGCCAACAAUCGUUUCAGCCAUUACCGCGGACUUAGCCACGGCUCGGCAAUGCAAGGUGCGCCUAUCGGCCCCAAAGAGCCACCGACUCCCACGGAAAAUUUCCCCCAAAGACCGUACUACGUUCGACGUCUGUCGAUCUUGCCUGAGAGGCGGCGCGAGUCCAAGGUGUAUGAUCCAGUGAUUGAGGCGGCCAAGGGCAUCCUGUACUCCGUGUUCCAGAUCCAUCCUAUGAUUCAGAUGCUUAUGGGACUGACGAACGAUGGUUCUGCCGAGAAGUCACGUCUAGAAAGGAUAGUCUACAACACGGACUUGCAUGUGCAGGAAGUCGAAGGCGAGAUCCAAAGACACGACCUGGCGCUCGGCGAAGCGGAUGAACAAACGGGGCGAGAGAACGAGAAUGUGCAUCGAGCCUGCCAGACCCUCGUUGGUGCCUACGGCCACGUGUGCACUAUACUAGCGGACAAUAUCGACACUUUUGUCGACAACGGCGAUCCCAGGUAUAUCAGAACCCUGGUGAUGGCCAUCUACAGCUGUAUUAUGGAACUGCGGGCGACCCUGUCCUCGAUGGCUGCUGAGAGUUGUCAAAGCCGCAAGGCCUCGGUUGCGGACACGACGGUUUCUAACUAUACCUUGAAGCCACCUGCGAGAGAGCCAGCGGCUACCCCUACCGUACAUCGACCUGGCAUCACGAGAUCACGAAAUGGCACUUUGGUUCACAAUCCAGCCAACUUACGGGUAGCCACCAACAUGCCUGUGCCGCCACCGAUGCUCAGCUCAGGCUACUCGGAUGCGCUGGCUUCGGCUACUCCCCGGUCCGGUGAGUCGUUCGCUUCUGCCAUUAGUCGUGACGUACGAUCGGACACCUCAGAGGAGGAUGCGCAAUUCGACAAGAUUUUCCUGUCGUUGCAAAAGUCGGCCGACAUCAUGUCGUCGACGCUGCCGAACUUUCACAUUCAGCUCAAUGGCCGCUUGAGGAACGCUAUACAGAGGGGUGUCCACUCGGGAUUGGUUCACGAGUGGAAAACUCUCAUCAGCGUAUGCUACAGCACCAUGCAGCAGACCGAGGUCAUGCGGGGCCGGCUCUCUGCCAUCAAGCUCAAAGAGCCCGGCAUCCGUUCACAGCCGAGCUUCUGGAAUCUGUGCAGCAACUUCUUGCGGUCGUGGAUGCGGCUGGGAGACGAGAUCAAGUCAGCAGCCAACAACAACGUGCCACUGCCAGCUGACAUGCGACGACGGCUGAAGCCUAUCCAGCAGAGCAUCAAGGAGACGACUACAACCAUUGUCAACUCGCCUUGGCAUCAUCUCUUGGGGCCUCUGGAGCCUUCUGCUCCCAACGGACAUUCUUACAACGACUCCGGGCCCCUUUCGCCUACCGGUGUCUCCAUAACACCUCAGAGUGCGGCACUUGGCCCGGCCAUGCAGGCCAUGGUACCCAAGACGCCGUCCUCAUCCAACACCUCAUUCGCCGCCGCCUUUCAAGGCAAUGUCUUCGACCGCGCCGAUGCGCUGAUGGCGAAUCCGGGAAUAUCCAUGACCCGCCCUGGCUUUCCGCGCAAAGGACACUCAAACCUGAGCUCCUUCUCCUCCGUGUCUUCACUCUCGUCCGAGGGUGGCAUGAGCCCUGGACCGGGGCUGGGGCUGAAAUACAAUGCGGGAAGAUCGGCUUUUUAG